AUGGAGCCUGACGAGCCUUACUACCUUGCUUGGGAGCGUUUCCAAAACCUUUGUGCUCGUUGCUCCCAGCAUGGUCUUUCUGAUUGGGCGUUAUGUGAGAAAUUUUAUAACGGUCUCACCCAAGAGACUCGUGAUAGGUUCGAUACUAAUGCGGGAGGGCAUAUGAUGGGUAUUCUUACUGUUGCUGAGUGUUUAGAGCGUUUUGAGGCAUUUGCUCAGUCUCAAUCUCAAUCGCGAGCCGAACAGCGGUAUCAAAGUGGUAAUUCUAAUACCACUACUAGUGCACCCGCCCGAGGGGUGAACCACGUCACCAUGGAUCCUAGUUUAGCCGCUGUGUUGGAAAACAUGUCUAGGGAGCUUAAGGAAAUUAAGGCUAAGGUUGACAAAUGUGAGGAGCAAGUCGAUUUUGUAGGAGGGGGUCAAGGUAGAGGUCAAUCUAGUGGGUUUGGUAAUAAUAACUUUGGUUCGGGUUGGCGUAAUAAUAAUAAUAAUUUUGCUUCUAACAACAAUUUUCGCUCAAACGGACCCCCUGGUUUUCAAACAGCUCAAAAUCCAAAUAGGGGUUUAGGUUCACUCUUUGGUGGGGGUUCAAAUGGGCAGGUUAAUAAUGGGGGGUCAAGUAGUCAGGUUCAAUCAGGUCAAGGGUCAAGCUAUGAUCUUGGGGGUAGUCUAGAAAGGAUGGAGUCCAUGAUGAGUCAAUUAAUUGUUAGGGAUCAAACCACCCAAAAGAAACUUAGCGAACAUGAUCUUAUGCUUAAGAAUCACCAAGCUGCUUUCCAAGACCUUCAAAGGGUUGUAGGUGAUAUGUCUAAGAAGUUAGAGGAGAGAUUACCCGGUCAGUUUGCGGGUAACACCCAACCGAACCCGAAUGCUCAUGUAAAGGCCAUUACCACCCGUAGUGGCAAAACCGUAGGGAACCCGAGAGUAGAGGAGAGAGUAGUCGAUGAGGAUGGGGAUGUUGUAGACGAAGAGAUAGAGAUGGAGGCUCCCGGCAAAGUGCAAUCGAGGCUGCGCCCAGCAAGUACUGCACAGUCCGGUGAGUCUCAAGGUGAGAAGAGAGUAGAGAAACCUCCCAUGGAUGUUAGGCCUUCGCCUUUAGUGAACCAUGCGUAUGUCUCGUUCCCUUCACGUCUUAAAAAUAAAAAAUACUCGAGGGAAUAUGGGCAAUUCUUAGACAUCUUCAAGCAAUUGAAGAUUAAUCUUCCUUUUAUCGAGGCACUCCAGUCCAUGCCAAAAUACGCGAAAUUUUUAAAGGACCUUCUUAGGAAUAAGGAGAAGUUAGGGGAGUUGUCGAAUGUUCCAUUGCAUGGAGGAUGUUCGGCCGUUGUCUCAAAUCAGCUUCCUGAGAAGCUUACCGAUCCCGGGGUUUUCACAAUUCCUUGUCUAUUCGGUAGUAACACUAAUACUAGAGCUUUAGCCGACCUAGGUGCUAGCAUCAAUUUGAUGCCAUUUUCUCUCUACGAAAAGCUAGACUUAGGCGAGCUUUCACCCACCCGAAUGACAUUAUCCUUAGCUGAUAGAUCCGUGAAACACCCUAGGGGCAUAGUCGAGAAUUUGCUUGUUAAGGUGGACAAGUUCGUUUUUCCGGCUGACUUCGUCAUUCUAGACAUGGAAGCCGAUGAAAACGUACCGUUAAUCUUAGGACGCCCGUUCUUGAACACCGCUAAAGCUCUCAUAGAUGUCUUUUUAGGCACCAUCACACUUAGAGCGGGCGAGGAAUCGGUAAUUUUUAAGGUUACCAAUUCGAGAGGGUCAAGUGAUAAAGUGGAGGCGGUAUCGUUAGUAGGGGAGUUUGAGAAGGACGAGAAAGAUGAGGAGAAGGUGAUAAGUGAUCCGAGUCUAGAGAAGGUGAUAGGAUUCAAGUGUGGGGAUCCACCGGAUAGGAGAGUAGAGGAAUUAGAGGAGAGAAUCGUGCGUUUAGAAUCUAAGAUAGAGACACUGAGCAAGGUUCAGUGUGGGGAUGGAGUUCGAUAUGAAGAGUAUAGAUUCAAACCGCCAAGUGAAGAGUUGAGAGGUUGUGAGAGAGAUAAGAGUGUUUGGGUUGAGUUGAUCAAUGAUAGGUAUAAUGGUGCUACAACCCGUGAGUGUGUGUUUGGAGGUGAGCUGCAUCUCGAUGAUCCUCCGUAA